AUGGGAGCUGGAAUGGUCGAGCUUGACGCCCAUGAGCAGCCGUCGGAGGCGAUGCGGGCACUAUGGAAAGGCUAUUCGAAAGCAGAUCAAAAGGAACUCAUAAAUGGGGAUUCAAUCGAUGACCCCAGGUCAGCCGAACAAGCUGAAAAAUUCUCAGUGGCCGGGAAGAUUUCGGUUGAACAGCUCGGCACUGCUUUCUCUCACAUAACUUCAACCGCCGUUGAAGCAUCGUCACUCCAAGAGGUUCCCAUUCUCUACCACCCACUUCUGCCAGGUGCGUGGUUUAUUCUGGAGUUAUGUUUCAAGGUGACUGGUUUACUGACCGUCCCAGGGCUUCUUAUCGUACCGAACCUAGUGCCCCCCGAAGUUCAGAAGACUCUCCUUUCGCAGAUGAUCAACCGGGAUCUUAGCGUCCCGACACAUCAGACAAAUCUUCACCUUCACUACGACCUGCCUUACCCGAAAGCUACAGAUGGGUCUCCCGAGUCUUUCUUCUCAUAUCCACCUGACCAAACACCCAUCUUCACCCCUAAGGACCCCUCGGUUCACAAGCCCCUGUCCAUCAAGCAAGUCAUGGAGCGACGUCUCCAUUGGGUUACCCUCGGCGGCCAGUACGACUGGACGAACCGCAUAUAUCCCGACGAGCGUCCUCCCCAGUUUCCUUCCGACAUUGCUCAGUUCCUGGAGGCUGUUUUCCCCGAGACCCUCGCCCAAGCCGCCAUCGUCAACUUCUACACGCCCGGCGACACAAUGAUGAUGCACCGCGACGUCAGCGAGGAGACCGACAAGGGUCUCGUCAGUCUGAGCUUCGGUUGCGACGGCCUGUUCAUGAUUGCGCCGAACGAGCCCGAAAAGGUGUCCGAUGAAGCAAAGGCUACUGGCAAAGAGUACCUCCUUCUCAGGCUGCGCUCCGGCGACGCCAUCUACAUGACCAAGGACUCCAGAUUUGCGUGGCAUGGCGUGCCCAAGGUCAUGAAGGGGACAUGUCCAGACUAUCUAGCCGACUGGCCGGCGCAGGAUGGCAAGUACGAGGAAUGGAAAGGCUGGAUGCAGAACAAGCGGAUCAAUCUCAAUGUGAGGCAGAUGAGGGACUGA